AUGCUCCCUCCUCCUCUUGUUUCUCCCUUCAGCGGUGCAGCUGCAGACUCCUCCGCCGCUAUCCCUCCUCCUCUUGUUUCUCCCCUCAUCGGCGUAGGAGCAGACUACUCUUCCAUUAUCCCUCCUCUUGUUUCUCCCCUCAUUGGCUUAGCAGUAGACUACACAACCAUUAUCCCUCCUCUUGUUUCUCCCCUCAUUAACACAGCAGCAAACUUCUCCGCCAUUAUCCCUCCUCUUCUUGUUUCUCCCCUCAUCGGCUCAGCAGCGACUACUCCGUCAUCAUCCCUCCUCUUGUUUCUCCCCUCAGCGGCUCAACAGCAAACUACACUGCCCUUAUUCUCCCAUCUUUUAUGCCUCUCCCCUCAACUGCUCUGCAGCUGUGUCCUCCUCCUCAUGGCGACUUCUCUCACCCUCCCCUCCCUCCCUCUACUGGUCCUUCAGCUUGCGCCCGAUGACACUAUCGCUGAAGCUGAGCGGAUUGCGGCCACGGCCCAAGCCACUGCUGCGGCUGCCCCUGACAAUGCUGCAGCCCGUGACCUAGCUCGUGUUCUUGCUGAGUUCCUCGAGAGCACCCGCAAGCGCCUCACUGAGCACCUCGCUGCAAAGAUAACUUAA